UAUAAAUGCGCCAAAAUGAUGUAUUUGGAGAGAAAAGUAAGGAAAAUGAUCGAGGGAAAGAAAUCAAAAAGAAAACAUUUAAAAUUAAUAAAGUGGCUUCAUAAGAAGAAACUGUUGCAGAAAAAGGUGAAAUGCAGUCUCUGUCACCACAGAAUGAAGCUGAAACAGAGCAACUGCUCAGAUUGCUAUGAAUGGAGGUGUCAACGAGCUAUCCACAGAGGAAGGCAAAUGAAGAGAUCUGUCAGGCACAACUCUGUGUUUAGUCAUUCCAAAGUGUCUCUCUUCAAAUGGAUGGAAUUUGUGUACAGGUUUUCUCAAGGUCUGCAUUUGCGCCAAAUUGACAUGAUAGCUGAUGAAAUAGCAGGAAGUUCAGCAACUCUGUCAAAAAUGGCCAAAAAGGUGAGAGAAGCUUGCGUGGUGUCAAUGGAAAGACUCAGAAGAAGAAAAGGACAGCGUAUUGGAGGACGCAGGCAGUUCAUUGUUAUAGACGAGAGUCACUUCAGACAUAAAAGAAAGUAUGGAAGAGGACGGAUGGCAGGGGGAUGGAGAAGGAGGAAGUGGGUGUUUGGGAUGCUGGGUGUGAAAGCUGGGGGCACAAAUCAAAGAAAGCCAGUUCUUCGCUUAGUCGAGCGAAGGUCCAGAAGGGAACUCUUGCCACUCAUCACUCGACAUGUCAGGAGGGGAUCCACUAUCUUAAGCGAUGAGUGGCGUGCAUAUCGGCAAGCUCUACCUCAGUUUGGCUACAGACAUUACACAGUGAAUCACAGUGUCUCAUAUGUUGAUGCUCAGACAGGGGCUCACACCCAGCAUAUAGAGAGAGCCUGGAGAACAUACAAGGAAACUGUUUGGAGGCUUAGAGGUAACCGGUCAGAGGAGCUGUUGAAAAAACACUUGACUGUAAUAGAAUGGUAUGAAUGGCUAGCUAAAAAACAUCAUAAUGGCCCUCUAGGACAACUAAUUCAUGACCUUGGAAAACUCCAUGAAUAAAAUGGGACAUUUGAAUUCCACAAGAACUAAUAAUCUAGCAAGCAAUCUAAAAAGUUUUUAGGUUUAUGGUUUUAAGGUUUAUGAAAAAAGUUAUAGUUAUUUCAGGUUAUGCAGUAUAUCACAUUUUAUUAAUUAAUUUGUGCAACAAAUUGUGAAUGUUUUUUAAUAAGCAGAUGAAGUUUUGUAUUUAAUAUCACAUGCGAUACAAAUUGUAACAACUUUUUAGUCAUAUUCAUGUUUUAAUAAAUGGCAAGUUAAAUUAA